CACAACUGUUCAUGCUUGACAACACACCGUGAAGCUUUCCACUUUUUUCCCUUGACGUCCAGGCAAUUAGCUGGAGACUACAAUGCAGCCUAGGACGAUCCUAGUCGUGCUGCUGUUGGGGCUGAUGCUGUGGCCGGACGGGUCGAACUCGUGGCGCCGACGCCGCCGGAGUUGUUCUGCCGUCAACUGCCGGUGGGGUUCGUGGUCUAGCUGGUCCAGCUGUUCUACAUCAUGCGGACCGUCCGGUACCCAGUCCAGGACAAGAUCCGUUGCUGCCCAUGCCCAGUGUGGAGGUAGUAGUUGUAGCGGAUCGAGCAGGGAAACUCGGAACUGUAACAGAAUCUGCUACAACAAUGGCUACGUGUCCGGCAGCCGCUGUGUGUGUACAUCUGGAUACACUGGGACAUGCUGCCAGAGCGACAUCGAUGAGUGCAGUACGAACAACGGCAGCUGUAGUGAAAUCUGCACUAACAUUGUGGGAAGUUACUACUGCUCCUGUGUGCCGAGGUAUCGUCUGACGAGCUCUGGGGCGUGCGUGGAGUUUACAACCCAAGCGUUGGACCUGGUCUUCCUGCUCGCCCGUCCGCGUUCCUCCGUCAGCAAUAACGACGUCAAGACGUUCAUGAAAAGCGUCGUCGCCGCGCUCAACAUCGGGCUGACGGCCGCACGGGUAGCGGUCAUCGAGUACACGUCUGUCAUGCACAGCCACUUUGAUCUGCUGACCCACCUGAACCGGACACAGGUGAACUCUGCCAUAGACGGUAUCCCGAUCUGGAGAACCACAAGCUACAGGAAGACGGGAAACGCCAUCAAAUACGCCACAGACUAUCUGUCAUGGAGGAACGGCAUUCCCAAAGUCCUCGUGGUCAUCACGGAUUCUAAUUCGAAUGACUACGUGACCGGCCCUGCCCAGAGCGCCAAAGACGCGGGCCUGAUCCUGGCCUCGGUGGGAGUUGGCUCCAGCAUCAACAGCAGCGAGCUGAACAACAUCGCCACCAACAGUUCCUACCGCUACACAGUCAGCUCACACACCGACAUCCUAGGGCUCAUGGCCGUGCGGGACCAGCUACACCGCAGGCUGGACGCUCUUGGGACCGAAAUCUCCUUGGAAGUGACCUGCAGGUCGGGGUCAAUCUCCGUGAAGUUGGAGAAAAGCUCUCUGACGUCAUUCGAGAUUAGCUCGGCCGCUGAUCUACAUCUUCAGCAGACCACCUGCCUCGCAAGGGACGACGGGAACUACUACACGUUCAACAUCUCAAGUCUGUCGGCUUGUGGUACGGAGAAAGAGCAAGUCGGUGAUCACUUCGUCUUCACCAACACCAUCAACAGCAGGAUCCCGUCCGGCGUGCAGAUCUGGCGAGGCAAGCUGCUGGCCGUGAACGUCACGUGUCGCUACCCGGUGGACCUGAGCGUCAGUCUGACGGGCGGCAUCAACCCUGUCGUGACCACGGAGGAAUUCACGGUAGAGGGGAGCGGCGAGUUCCGGGUGAGUAUGGGGCUGUUCCAGAGCGCGACCUUCGGCACGGCGUACUCAACAACGCCGUCCAUCACGCUGGAGGAUAACCUGUACGUGGGGCUGAACCUGCAGGGCGUCAGUCACGCAGAGCUGGUCCUCAGGCUCAGGAACUGCUGGGCAACCCCGACCAACAACGCGGAGGACCCGACCCGGUACCCAAUAACUACCGACGGAUGUCCCAACACUGAAGACGGGACCAUCUACAUCAUAGAGAACGCCCAGUCGAAGCAGGCGCGUUUCCGUGUGCAGAUGUUCCGGUUCGCCAGCCACCCCCGCGUGUACCUGCACUGCACCAUCAGCGUGUGCGACCAGGUCAGCCCGGGAGCCUGUGCGCCGACGUGUGCUACCCGCAGUGGUCGGCGGUGGCUCCCCUCCACCCAGCCCGGGGAGGAGGCGGGGCGAGUCCGGCGGGCUGCCGGCGACACCAGAGUCACCAUCUCAUCGGGGCCGAUCUUACAGGAAGGUGCAGACGACGGUUCUGAUGACGAACAAUCUCCUGUUGUCCUUGCCCUUGGUGGCGUCUUGGGCACCGUUUGUGUGGCCGCCCUCGCCGUCUUCGGAGUCAAACUCGCCGCGAAGGUAGUUGGGAAGUCUGCCGUGGCCCCAGCAGCAGUAAGCAGCCCGGGAGGACAGCCCAGCGGCCCGAGAGGACAACCCAGCGGCCCGGGAGGACAGCCCAGCACCGCGCAAGGACAGCCCAGCAGCGGGCCUACAGGGGAGGAGCCUCCGCCGUACUCCGCCUCUGCAGCGGACGGCUUCACUUCGACCACCUCUAAAAUCGUCAGUUCCAAGUUAGGCGUUGGCGACAAUGGUUUCUCCAGCCUGCCCACUGGCAAAAUCUAAGUCAAGCUUGCGGUCAAGAAAGAAGCUUGCGGUGUUUUUUGUUAUUGCACUGCAUGAAAUGGUGUGCAUUUUUUUAGUCUGGAUGAUGUUUUGCCUCAUAUCUGAAGAACUGUGUGGCGGAAUGCAAUGAUAUUUGGCAGAUAGGUAGGUGGGGUAUAGGGAAUUCUGUUGGUCAACUUUGGGCCCCUGGCGAGUGACCUUGGUACUGCAGUAAGAAUUUUUUUUUUAAAUAUCGUUGGCGUUGGAUGGUUUGUGGAUGUGAUGUUAGGGUAACAUGUAGUUGUUGAUGUAUGGGUUUGUUUUGGACCUGCGCGGUUGUUUGAUUUUCGAUUGCUUUCGGCGUGAUGAUUUCAAGAACCGCUGGAUGGAUUGCGACAAUUUUUGGUAAGUGGGUAGUUACUGUGCGCCUUUGCGUCAUUAGCUGUUUGUUGUAGAAAUGUAGCGCGUGUUUAAUUUUUUUUUUCAUUUUCACCCCUUCUUACAAGAGGGUGGUAUAGUCUGUGUGGGGUCAGCUUAUCUUCUGACCACUUGUCUGUGUUUUUGUUGGCAGGUCAUGAUCACUGACCCCAAAUGUGGGACCUGCCGUGUAGCCUUUUUUGCCUAUCUUUAGCCACAGGCCAGUUCUCAAUGUGUGUCAGGCACUAGUAAUAAAAGUUUCUUUCAAAUUGUAUCUCUAAAGUAAACCAGCCCUGGUAUUAAAGGGGACCCAGAUACCGUGUGUGCACCACAGAUAUUCGUAGAUCUAUGGGAAUCACAAGACACCAGUCUUAGAUCUGUUAAUAAUCUCACCACUUAAGCUUAUGCAAACAACGACGUCCUUGAUAGUUUGCAUUAUCACAUUAUCACCUUAUCCUCACAGUGGUGCUAAUUGCUGGGAGAGGAUGGGCGAUAAAAACAAACAUAUCCUCAAUAACAUAUCAUAACAUAAGAUAUACCAAAACAAUUAACAAAACCACAAAAUAUUUCAUGGAGGGAUGAUGUCUACGACUUCUUCUUGUUAGUGUUGAUGUGAUGUGAUAUGAUGUGUUAUGACGUAUUAUGUAAAUACACAAAAAACCUUUAUCAGUAAAUCAGGCACUGAC